AACAAGAGAAAGAAAAGAGAAAAGUACAAAGGAUAAAGAAUACAAGAAUCAAAGAACAUAAGAAUCAAAAGACACAAAAAGCAAGUAAUAUAGAAAGGAAACAAACACAAAAAUCAAAAAACACGAGAAGCAAAGAGCACAAGCACAAGAAGCAAAAGACACAAGAAGCAAAGAGCAUAAAACACAAAGGAUGCAAGAAGCAAAAAAGAUAA